UAAUCUUGCUAGUGAUGCUGGGUUUAAAGAAGACUACGAAGGCGCCGCCAGCAUUUGCAAGCUAGCUAACAUUGCCUUAUCCAGUAACGUCAUCUUCAAACAGCGCUCAAUGUUUGGAGAUGGAUGAUGAGCUGGAGAACUUCAUCAGGGAACGGAAGGCGAGAGUGGCUGAAGAUAAAGCCAGUUUGGAACAAGACCCUCCUUACCUGGAAAUAAAGACAAAACCUCUCAGAGCCUAUGAGUCCACUGUUAAGGAGAACAUCCCUCCCAAGUCCAAUGCACAGGGGAAAGAGGAGAGUUGCAACAUGGGUCUCCCCCUCGGUGUAGAGUAUGAGAGGAAGAAACAGAGGCUACAGCAUGAGCUCCGCAUGGACUACAGGCGCUACAUGGCUCAGAAAAAACACUUUGCCGAAACUGGACCAUUAAUUCACCUUGAUAACAGGAGGUCUUUCAAGGAACACCCACGUGAAGGCCAGUCAGGGUUUGUUCCCAAACAGCAAGCCAUCUCAUGGAGAGAUGCAGCCACUCUAACAGAGGACAGUAAGGGGUUGCACAGGGCUUUACGCCUGGCUGAGGUUAAGACCCUCUGUCCAGAGGAGGACAAGGAGCAGCCAUCAGUACUUCGCAGGCAUCGUGACACUCAGCGGAGGCCAGCAGACCAGGAGUCAGAGGAUGAGGAAUACUUCAAGGAGGAGCUGGAACUGAUGGAAGGCAGAAGGAACAGACAUACAGGGGAAGAAGCCAAUUAUGAGAAGAGACAAUCCAAUAAGACUGAUGGCAGAGAGAAGAGGGAGAAUCCAGUGGGUAUUGCCAGAGAAGGCAGGAGAUCAAGAGCACUGCUGAGACAUGAGGAUGCUGAGUUCGCCACUGGCCUUAUAAUAGGAACAGCUGAUACAGAAGAUGCCUUAAAGAGGAGGAAGGAACGCUACAGACAAGAAUUGCAGGAGCAGAUCGCUGAACAGCACAGGAACAAGAAGAGGGAGAAAGAUUUGGAGCUGAAAGUUGCUGCAACAGGGGCAAAUGAUCCUGAGAAGCAGCCGGACCGAAUCAGACAGUUUGGACUGUGCAGGAGAAAGGAUCAUCAGGUUUUGGAGUCUUCAGCACCUGGAGAGAGUGAAACAUCGCCAAGAGGUCUAACAAAUAAUGAGAAGAUAGAUGUUAGUGACAGAGAGAUGCCUCUUCCUGAGCAGCCCCAUGUAGCCUUCCAUUCCCCUCUGCUGGAGUACAGCUCUGCCCUGGGGGGAGGUGGUCUGUCUCCCAACAGUCAGCCUGCUGCCCCAUCCUUCCCCAGAGCCAUGGACACUCCCAGAAUCCCUUUGGUUCCUCCUCAUCCUCCUUCAACUGUCAGCGAAACCUACAGGAGCCCAUAUGGAGAGCCUCAUCACUACUAUGGCUCGAGAAAUCUGCUUGACCCAAACAUGGCCUACUAUGGUCACUUGUCAAUUCCUGGCGCUGGCCCUUCCACGUCGUACUGGAAUGUACCACCGGGGGAAGCUGUGCCCAACCAGUUUGAUAACUAUAGCCCUUACAGCCAGCAGAGUGGAAGCAGCUUCCCUGACCCUCCAAUACAGCCUAACAGUGAGGCUGCUGUGGGCUCGCAGGACAGGGUCUUCCCUAUGGAGAGAUUCAGAUCAAACAGGGAGAGGAACAUGAGCUACAGGGAGGCUUUGAAACAACAGGAAGCUUCCAGGCGAUGCAGCGACAAGCUUUACAACAAGAUCCAGGAGCAACAGGAACGGCGGCUGCGGGAGAGGGAGGAAAUGGAGCGUUAUGAGGCCCAACUGGAGGCUGACAUGAAGAACCACCAACCCUGGGGUCGUGGUGGAGGAGGAGCUCCACUCAGGGAUAGCACUGGAAAACUUAUCGCUGACCUCAAUCAGAUGCACAAGCAGAAUGAGGAGGCCUGCAGCAAUCCAGAGCAGUGGCAGAGGAGAGCCAUGGUCACCACGACGGCCCGCCAGACAGAGCUCCCUGACCCCAGUGAGAGGGUCUCUGGUUUCACCCAUGUCCAAACCCCCCAGUUUGGCAGAGGCAAUGUGUUUGCCAACCACCCCACCCAGCAACAGCUCCAGGAACAGGACAAGUACAAAGCUUACCUCAAACAGCAGAUUGAUGAGAAGAUGCGUAAAAAGGCGGAGGAGAGGGAACGGACGAGGCUGGAGGAGGAGAAAGAGGAGAAGAGGCUGGCGGAGCAGAGGGCCCACAUCCAGAGGGAAUAUGAGGAAGAACAGGAAAAGAAGAAACGGAAGGAAAUGGAGCAAAAAGCCAAGAAUGAGGAGCUGAUUCAUUUGGCUGAAGAGAGAAGAAAGGAAGCAGAGAGGAAGAAAAAAGAAGGUGAAGAGAAGGCGAAUGCUCUACUGAGGAGGCAGUAUGAGAGGGAGCGGCAGGCUCGGGUGGAAGAGGUCCACAGGGAGCCCUCGCCUCCUAUCCCCACUCUGCAGAAGAAACAUGGGCUACACCAGUAUACUCCCAGGCCCCCAACUGUUGACAGCGAGCAUUCGAUUGCCCCCCUGUCUGAGCGCUCUUUGUCUGGUCUCCAGUCCCCUCCUGUGCCUGCCUGUAGGAAUCAGCUCCGAGCUGCCGGUGACCAGCACGAUGUGUUCAGUGAGCUGUCAGCGUUGCGCCGGCAGCUUCGCAGAGAACAAAAACGUCUGGAGAGUCGUCUGCGGCAGGGUGACUGGGAGGAGUUAGACUCUCCUCUGAGUGACAGGCAUCAGGAGCGUCCACAGGUGGACGUGUUUGAUAUGGCCAGGCUGCGGCUCCAGGCUGCGGUCCGAAGGCCGAACUCCAAAAACAUGGAGCCCAGAAACCUGCUGAGAAUCCACGAGUCUCUUCAGCUCAAACAUACAGAUGGUGAGUCCAGACUGGGCUUUAGUGAGGUCUCUCAGCCAGAGGAAGUGGGUGUGACCAGCAGGAGGAGGCGGGAAUACAGGGAUCCAUAUCACCAGUUAUGCAGCCAGAGGUCUACAGCCCAGGAUGAUUAUUUUGAUCUGUCGCCACAGCAGCAAAAUGAUUAUCUGAGAAGUGUGAUGGGUCAGUCCCCAAGAGGUUCUCUGCUGGAAUCAGAGAGUGCUUUCAUUGACCCCCUAGGCGAUGCCUUUCCAGUGCCGCGUACCCCAGAGCUUGAGAAAACCCCACGGCUGUCAGCCAGAGAGAGGAGAAGGCUGGCCAAGCAGUCUCAGCUUCCCCAGGAUCGAGCUGCCUCCUGCCAUUCCUUCAGCCAACAUGAUCACUACGCUCGUAACAGGCUGCAGCAGGAAGCAGAGCCCAGCGGUGAAGGAAGGAGCAGGGACAGAACAGGCCGCCUGGUGGCUCUCAGUCGGGGCAACACAGCCGGACCAGUGGAUCUAUCUGAUGACAACUCCUCCCCUCCUCAGUUUGCUCUUCACAAACUUAACCAUGACAGCUCUGUAGGAACUGUUGCCACGGAUGCCUGGAUGCGACCAGGAACAUUGGACACGCUGAAAUGUUUGGGCCGACAAUCAAGGAGGGAGCGUCUGAAAACGUAGUACCGUGUCUUCCCUUUUAGACAGCUACAUCUGUCUUUGAACGAUGACAUUACGUUUGGUUUUAGCUCCUGGUUUUUAUGACAGAUGAAUAUGUCAGUGUGAAUUUCUGAAUGAUGUAAGUUUAUAUUUUUUGUUGUUUACAUGAGAGAACCUCAAUAUCUGAUAUCGAAGUGAAAACUCUGUUUUUUAGGCAUUUACUGUUUUGUUAAUGACUAAAUUUGUCUUAAAUAAAUUAUAUUUUAUCUAUA